CACGGGACCCCAUUUUCAACCCCACCUGGCUCCCCUGCCUCACGUCGCCGUGCCUCUGUUGCGCGACUACAGCCACCGAGCCACCGCGACGAAGCAGGGGAGGCGAUCGCUCCACCGCCGCCGGCGACCUCACCCGCCCCCGCGAACCCGUCGGCGGUACCCGCAUACGCCGCCCUCCCGCCUGGCCGCUCCGCGACCCCUUCCUCCGGUUUAAAAGGUUUAUUGCUGUUGUGAGUUAUCUGAGGUUGCAGUUCAAAGAUGAGUACUGCUAAUCAGUACCAACACAUCAGGGUAACCAAGCCUGUCACAGGCAAAGCAAGAAAGUUGAAGGAUCUCAUGCUAAAAAGCGACAACCGAAUAUGUGCUGAUUGCGGCGCGCCUGAACCCAAAUGGGCGUCUUCUAAUAUCGGAGUAUUUCUUUGCUUAAAAUGUGGAGAUGUCCACAGGGCCCUGGGAGCAGACGUAUCAAACGUUUUAUCUGUGAGUCUGGAUGAUUGGUCUGAUAGUGAUAUUGACGCCAUGCUUGAGGUUGGUGGAAAUUCGUAUGCAAAUUCAAUUUAUGAGGCUUUUCUUCCAAAAGAUCAUCCGAAACCUAAACCAGAUGCACCAAUGGAAUAUCGUACCAAAUUUAUAAGAGCCAAGUAUGAAACACAAGAUUUUUUGAAGCCAAGCUUGCGCAUUACCUCAAAGUCUGGCUUCGAAUCUAAUUCUGGGAAGAGUUCAGAUAGCAGUUUCUCUAGCACUUCAAGGAAUCAUGCCUCUGAAGAUUCAAGAGAAUUUUUGGGACAGCUCAACAUUACAGUGGUAAAAGGCACCCAGUUGGCUGUCAGAGAUAUGCUAACAAGUGAUCCUUAUGUGGUUUUAACACUUGGAGAGCAGAAGGCUCAAACAACGAUUAAACCGAGUGACCUGAACCCGGUAUGGAAUGAGGUGCUUAACCUAUCAGUUCCUCGAAAUUAUGGACCUUUAAAACUUGAAGUGUAUGACCACGACACUUUCUCUGCUGAUGACAUCAUGGGGGAAGCAGAGAUAGAUCUCCAACCAAUGAUCACAGCUGCCAUGGCCUUUGGAGAUCCUUCGCGUCGCAGCGACAUGCAAAUUGGAAGGUGGUUCAUGACCAAAGACAAUGCUCUGUUGAGUGAUAGCAUUGUCAAUGUUGUGUCGGGAAAGGUUAAACAGGAAGUGCACCUAAAGCUGCAGAAUGUAGAGUCAGGCGACAUGGAGUUAGAACUGGAAUGGGUUCGUCUAGAUUAAUAAACCUCACUGUAUCCCUGUUAAGUUUACUAAAAAAACCACCAUUUUUUGUAAUUUAUGCUGGACGGUUUCAAAAGUUCAAACCCUGUCUGCCUACUGAAGCUUAGCUUUUCCUCAUGGUUGAAAUUUGUAAACUGAAGAUUGUACAAUGCCUUGGUGUAAUUUGUCGGAUAUACUCAUGAAGGCUGUGGUUGUUCUUUA